CUCCCCUACCGAGUGCGCUGGCAAGACCUGAAAGACCUCUUCCGGCGCGCCGGCACCGUCCUCCGCGCCGACGUCGCCCUGGGCCCGGACAACCGGAGUAGAGGACACGGCACCGUGCUCAUGGCCACUGCGGAAGAUGGCGAGCGCGCGCUGGGGAUGUUU